AUGUCCUUCAUCACUACUGAGGUGGAGUACGAAUGCGAAGAAGGAUACGUUUUGGUUGGUGCUGCUAAAAUCUCCUGCCGAUUUUCAAGAUGGUUUUCUCCAGCUCCUCAGUGUAAAGCUCUGUGCCUAAAGCCAGACAUCCCAAAUGGAAAGCUGUCUGUGGAGAAGGAUCAGUAUGUCAACCCUGACACUGUUGUCAUCCAGUGUGACCCUGGCUACCGGAUGGUCGGCUCCCAGCACAUCUCUUGCUCAGAGAACAAAUCUUGGACCCCGAAUGUGCCCAAGUGUGAAAGGGAAGUUCCUGGGGUUCCUGAGAUACUCCUGUCAUGCCAAAAUGUCUUACAGUGCCUCCCAAAUUCCCAGGACUCAAAAGUGGCCCUGGAGUUGUAUAAACUGUCCUUGGAGAUUGGCAACCUGGAGAAAGAGAUAGACAAGGAGAAAAGCAUUUAA